AUGUGUGUAGUACCUAUUACAUCUUCAGUAGCUAUGCCACGCUUGAACGAAAACAGCAAUAAACCAAAAGUUCAAUCAAAAAAGAGUAGAACUUUCAUAGAAUCGGAGAGCUCAACGGACGAAGAAAUAGUUUACAAUGAGAGCGAUGAUGAUAUAGAAGAAGAAUUUAGAGAAGACUUGCAAAAUAUGUUGAAGAAAUCGAUAAAGAUAUAUCCAGUAUAUCUGCCAAGGAUUGGAUUCUUGUGGUUUUUGAAACCAAAAAAACUCGACGAUAUUACGUGGGAUAAGUUAUAUCGACUGACGAAAGUCAAGACGUAG